AUUCGCGCUUUAUAGCAACUUAUUCCGUUCCAGGGUUUUAUCGCUCGCCAAGUUGCUCUUAUCAAUUGGCGAAAGCUCCAGGUACAUUUUUGAAAUCUCUUAUCUCCUUUCACUCAAGGUAAAUUAAAAUGGUGAAUGUCACAUACGGGGCUCUCAACCCAGAAAAUACUAUCGUCCCCGGUGGUACAGACUUCAUAGCCACACAAACGACUGGUGAAGUGAAUGCCUACAAUCCUGGUGAUAUGACCUGGGUCUUGACCUGUACUGCUUUGGUUUGGAUCAUGAUUCCUGGUCUCUCAUUCCUCUACUCCGGUUUAGCGAGAAGAAAGAAUGCUUUGAAUAUGGUCUUCCUUUGCUUCGUUUCAACUUCUAUCGUCUCCUUCCAAUGGUUCUUCUGGGGUUUCAGUUUGUGUUUCUCAAGAAACUCCGGUACCUUCUUUGGUAAAUUAGACCACUUUGGUUUCAUCAAUGUUUUGGAUUAUCCAGCAGCAGCAGCAAAUGACAAAAUCCCUGAGAUCAUCUUUGCCAUCUAUCAAGGAAUGUUUGCCUGUCUCGUUCCAGCAAUAAUGAUUGGUGCAGCCGCCGAGAGAUCUAGAGUUGCUCCUGCUAUGGUCUUCAUUUUUGUUUGGACAACGCUUUGUUACGACCCAUUGGUAGCCUGGAUUUGGAAUCCAAACGGUUGGGCUUACAAAUGGGGUGUACUCGACUACGCAGGUGGUGUACCAGUUGAAAUUGCAUCUGGUGUCUCAGGCCUUGUUUAUUCCAUUUUCAUUGGUAAAAGAAGAGGUUAUGGUACUGAAGCUGUAUUGUUCAAGCCUCACAACGUUUCACAUAUCGUCCUCGGCACUGUCCUCCUUUGGGCCGGUUGGUUGGGCUUCAACGGUGGCUCCACCUACGCAGCCAACUUGAAAGCAGGUAUGUCGAUACUCACUACCAACCUUGCUGGUAGUUUCGGUGCUCUUACUUGGUUGAUCAUGGAUUAUCGCUUGGAGAGGAAGUGGUCAGUUGUUGGUUUCUGCACAGGUGCCAUCUGUGGUUUAGUUGCAAUCACACCUGCUGCUGGAUUCGUUGGUGCUCCUGCUUCGAUUCUUAUCGGUUUCUUGGCCUCAUUGGUUUCUAACUUGUCCACUCGCUUGAAGAACAUUGCAAGAGUGGACGAUGUAAUGGAUAUUUUUGCCUGUCACGGUCUCUCUGGAAUGGUUGGAACCUUCUUAACAGGUAUUUUCGCUCAAGCUUCAGUCGCGUACAAUGACGCAGAACUUGAAAUCGACGGUGGUUGGAUUGAUAGAAAUUUUGUACAGCUCGGUAAACAAGUAGCUUGGAUUGCAGUUGGUACAGCAUGGGUAUUUGUCGUUACAUACGCCAUCAUGUUCGUUAUUAACCUCAUACCUGGUUUGCGCUUUAGAGUUGAUGAAGAAGGCGAAAUUAUGGGUCUUGAUGAACGCGAACAUGGAGAAUUCACGGCCGAUUAUGUUGAAAUGAGAAGACAUGCAGAAGAUUACUACGGUGAGGUACCAACUGGAUUGAGAGGUGGUGCUGGAGCCCCUGCUGGAUCUAUACAUCGUACAACCUCGAGACAUUCACUUGCGACUGAAAAUGAGCAAGUACAAGAGAAAUCAUCAAAUGAUAAAGAAGUUGUAACUGAAGCUCAAGUGUAAAAACAUAAAACUAGAACGUCAGAAAAAAAAGGAUUCUCAAAGUAUACCGCCUCAUUAAAGCUCAUAUUAUUUAAUUGUUUUAUUUCGUUUUGUGGAUAGUUUAGAAGUACAUAUUUGCAUUAUU